AUGGUGUUUCAUAGUCAUUACGUCGUAACUGACGAAAUAACCGGUCUCGUUCAUAGUUUAUGUUGUUACGAGGAAUGUAAUGGUUGUGAAGUUUUAAAUGUGGAACCCAAAGAAGCUAUUGGUACUCCAGCAGAUUCUAUGGAAAAUUCAAAUAAAUCAAUUCGAUCUCACGCUCCUUUAUCAAGUCAAAAAAACAGUUCCGAUAGACCAAAUUCUAAAAUCAAAAUGGGUAAUGAUUGUAUGGAUAAUGCACAAGAAACGCUUAUAAGAACGAAAAAACCUCCACAAAAAAAAGGUCCAAUAUUCAAGUUAAAACUUUCUUCGGAUAUUAUUAGUGAAGGUUAUCGAGAAAGACGAAGAGCUUACAAAGCUGCAAUGAUGAAUCAAGUUUCACUUGAUUAUUCAUCUGAUGAAUAUCUUGAAAUAGAAAAUAGCACUGAACCACCAAAUAAUGUGAGAAAUAAUGCUCAAGCUUCUGAAGAAAAUUCUUACAUUGUUGUUGAUGAUUCGGAAGAUGAUUGCAUGGAAAUAGAUGGAACAGAAUUUUCUAAAACAUUUAAUUCACAUAGCGACCUCAACCUUGAAUUACAGAGUAACUGUGAAUCGUGUCCUUCAAGUCCAACUAGCAGUUCCGAUUCUGAUAUUUUUAAUACAACAUUACAACAACAAAGGGCGGAUUUGGAACCUAAAGAAUCUACGCGAAAGCCUAUGAUUUCUUUAAUUGACAAAUUUUAUUCCAAGCGAUAUUCGAAGAUUAAUGAGGAGGCUUCAAAAUCGCAGGAAAUUUUCACUAAUGUUCCUGUUCCCGCUACAUUCUCAGAUUCCGAUAUUGCCGUGAAAUCUCAUAAAAACGAAAAGGUUUUACCGAAAUCUCUUGGAACAUCAGAAUUUCCCAUUGAUUUGGAUAAAGUUGAUAAUGCUGGUUCACCAACUUUUUCAAAUCAUGAAAGUCAAGUUUUAAAUGAAUUAAAUCCUAUGGGAUUUAAAGCUGUGAACUUUAUUCAAAAUCAAGAUAACUUAACAAUCAAUUGGUUCGAUCGGAAAGAUUUCAAAAAAUAUAUGUUGAAUACUGCUAAACGUCGAUUAGAAGAGCUCAACAACGUUAAUAGUCACCAUCCUAAAAAACAUAUUAAGACCUUUGAAAAAUCCUCCUCAUCAACUUUUCAAAAAUUUCAAAUACCUUUCUUUAAAAACCCAAGCAAUUUAACAUGCGCUCUUACUCACGAUAUAAUUUUUUCAGAACAACGAAAUCAUGGAUCAGUCGUGAUUAAUGGUGAUGAGAGAUUUGAACUAUUUGGAGAUUACGUUUUAAGCAUAACUAUUUCACAAAUGGUGUACGAAAAAUUUAAAGGUGAAUUGACACCAGAUAUAUUGGAAAAAAUUCAUGAAGAUUUAUGUAGUGAUUAUAGACUUUGUAGAUUUGCCAAGAUGUUGAAAUUACAAGAUUUAAUUUAUGCUAGAAAAUCCUUUUUGAGUAUAAAAGAAAUGGCUGAUAUGUUUAUUAAAUUGUUGGCGGCUAUAAUUAUGGAUAGAGGGAGGGAAUUCACGGUUGAUUUUAUUAGAAAACUUAUUGGACCUACUAUGGAGAAUUUGGUGAAAGAUGGAAAUUUUGUAGGGAUGCAAGUUAAAGAGAUGAUGAACGAAAAAAUACCAAUCAAAAAUGUGAUUGCCUGA